AUGGCAAGCCCCGGCUUACUGUGGGCACUUGCGGUCUCCACCUGCCUUGGAUCCAGCGUGGCCCAGACAGUCACUCAGUCUCAACCAGAGAUGUCUGUACGAGAGGCAGGGACGGUGACCCUGGACUGCACCUACGACACUAGAGAUAGUAAUUAUUAUUUGUCGUGGUACAAACAGCCUCCCAGCAGGCAGCUGAUUCUCAUUAUCCACCAAGAAGCUUAUAAGCAUCAGAAUGCAACGGAGAAUCGCUUCUCUGUGAACUUCCAGAAAGCAGCCAAAAUCUUCAGUCUCAAGAUCUCAGACUCACAGCUGGGGGACGCCGCGAUGUACUUCUGUGCUCACUCAAACACGGGGUAUGCACUCAGCUUCGGCAAAGGCACCUCGCUGCUGGUCACACCCGUUAUCCAGGACCCUGACCCCGCUGUGUACCAGCUGAAGGAUUCCAAAUCCAGCAACAAUUCCAUCUGCCUAUUCACGGACUUUGAUUCUCAAGUCAAUGUGUCUCACGUCUCAGAGUCCGAAACAUUCAUCUCAGAACAAACAGUGACGGACAUGCGGUCCAUGAGUUCCAAGAGCAACAGCAUCUUAGCCUGGAGCAGCAGAACUGAUUUUAACUGUACAAGCGCCUUCAACUCAUCAAUUGUCAGCAAAGAUCCCACCCUCUUUUUUACUAAGGAGCAGUCCUGUGAUGCCAAGUUGGUAGAGAAAAGCUUUGAAACAGAUAUGAACCUAAACUUUCAAAACCUGUCAGUGAUUGGGUUCCGCAUCCUCCUCCUGAAAGUGGUUGGAUUUAACCUGCUCAUGACGCUGCGGCUGUGGUCCAGCUAA